AUGAUUUACGCCAACUCAAGGGAUGCCUACGAUCCUUACCAGCAUCGAGUGAUAGAAAAUCCGUUGAGCAAUCUCGAGGUAUAUAUCAGCUUGCUGAAAGCCUCCAUAGGCAUUGGCUGCUUGGCUAUGCCCAAGGCGUUUCAAGCUGCUGGCUGGCUCAAUGGCCUAAUGAGCACCAUUGUGGUUGGUUCAAUUGUGAUAUUCGCUCUGCAUGUUUUGUUGCAUAGCAUCUACGAACUCUGUAGGAGAAAGCGUGUUCCUCAACUAAAUUAUCCGGACGCGAUGGCACUCGCCUUGGAAGCAGGUCCAAAGUAUUUGCGUUUCCUAAGCUUUACUGCGCGUUCUACCAUAGAUUUCAUAUUGGCCUUCUACCACUUUGGUGUCUGCAGCGCUUAUGUGGUCUUCAUUGCGGACAACCUGCGGGAGCUGACCGACUACUAUGGCUACACAUUCGACGUACGAUUUUAUAUAUUCGCGCUGGCUGCGCCGCUGGUAUCAAUUUAUUUAAUACGCGACCUGAGGAGCCUGGUGCCGUUGAAUGCGCUUGCGGAUGCUAUGAUUUGUAUAAGUAUUAAGUGGUUCUGUGUAUGUGUACCUGUAGAAAUGGACUAG